CAACACCCUUUUACACAAACAAAACAGAAGAUCAAAUUACCAACCAAAUUCACAAAUAAGGAAACACUUUUCCAAAGUACAGGCGACAAGUUGAUGAUCAAAGCCUCUAUUUUUUUAAUAGGGAAUAAGACAAGUAAUGCCACAUCAUCAUCUGAUUCAUGAACCUCUUCCUCCUCUCUCUUCAUCCCCCACUAUAUAUAACUCCUUCCUCUGAUCCUUUUCUCUCAUCACACUCUCUCAAUCACACACAAAACUCUUGAGAGCUAACAAAACAGAGAACCAACGAAUAAAACAAAAAUGCCUUCUUUAGAGAAAUCUGUAACAAUAAUCUCAAGAAACAGAGUCUUCCCAGACCAAAAGUCAACCCUCGUUGACCUCAAGCUCUCCGUCUCCGAUCUUCCCAUGCUCUCUUGCCACUACAUCCAAAAAGGUUGUCUUUUCACGUGCCCUAACCUUCCUCUCCCCGCGCUUAUCUCACACCUCAAACACUCUCUCUCAAUCACUCUCACCCACUUCCCUCCUCUCGCUGGCCGUCUCUCAACCUCCUCCUCCGGCCACGUUUUCCUCACCUGCAAUGACGCCGGCGCCGAUUUUGUUUUCGCCCAAGCAAAAUCCAUCCACGUGAGCGACGUGAUCGCCGGAAUCGACGUUCCCGAUGUAGUCAAAGAGUUUUUCACCUACGACAGAGCUGUGAGCUACGAGGGACAUAACAGACCAAUCCUCGCCGUUCAAGUGACGGAACUGAACGACGGCGUUUUCAUCGGAUGCUCCGUUAACCACGCCGUGACUGACGGAACCUCGCUGUGGAAUUUCAUUAACACCUUCGCGGAGGUUUCUAGAGGUGCUAAGAAUGUGACACGUCAGCCUGAUUUUACGCGGGAGUCUGUGCUAAUCUCACCGGCUGUGCUCAAAGUCCCUCAAGGUGGUCCAAAGGUGACAUUUGACGAAAACGCGCCGUUACGUGAACGGAUAUUCAGUUUCAGUAGAGAAUCGAUUCAAGAGCUUAAAGCUGUGGUGAACAAGAAGAAAUGGUUGACGGUUGAUAACGGCGAAAUAGACGGUGUUGAGUUGUUAGGGAAACAAAGCAACGAUAAACUUAACGGAAAAGAAAACGGUAUUUUAACGGAAAUGUUGGAGAGUUUGUUUGGGAGAAACGACGCCGUUUCGAAACCCGUCGCGGUUGAGAUCUCGUCGUUUCAAUCUCUAUGCGCGUUGCUUUGGCGUGCGAUCACACGUGCGAGGAAGCUUCCGAGUUCGAAAACGACUACGUUUCGUAUGGCUGUGAAUUGUCGUCACCGUUUGAGUCCUAAACUGAAUCCGGAGUAUUUCGGAAACGCGAUUCAAAGCGUUCCUACGUUUGCGACUGCGGCAGAGGUUUUGUCACGUGAUCUUAAAUGGUGCGCUGAUCAGCUUAACCAGAGUGUUGCGGCUCAUCAAGACGGGAGGAUUCGUAGCGUUGUGGCGGAUUGGGAAGCGAAUCCCAGGUGUUUUCCUCUUGGAAAUGCCGACGGAGCUUCGGUUACUAUGGGAAGCUCUCCGAGGUUUCCGAUGUAUGAUAAUGAUUUCGGGUGGGGAAGGCCGGUGGCGGUUAGAAGUGGACGGUCGAAUAAGUUUGAUGGGAAGAUUUCGGCGUUUCCGGGGAGGGAAGGAAACGGGACUGUUGAUUUGGAGGUGGUUUUAUCGCCGGAGACUAUGGCUGGGAUUGAAUCUGACGGUGAGUUUAUGCGAUACGUGACUAAUAAGUAACGGAGUUUAUGAAUAAUAACGUUAACGGUUUUUCUCUGUUUUUCUUUUCUUGUUAAUUAAGAACUUAACGAUGUAAGAUUAUUGUAAUGUGACUUUGUAAGUUGACCCUUGAAAAGAAUGUUAUACAUUUGCUAUAUUAGAUUGCGACUAGAAUCCAAAAGUAACAUUAGAUAGAUCAUCAAUUUGCCUUAACCAGUCUCGAGGCCAAGAUAAACUUCAAGAUAACCAACAGUUACGAUAUUUCCACUGGUGUCCAAGUUCUGAAGUUUGAUCUUACGGUACACAUUAGCGUUUGUUUUCAUGGGCAAUGCUGUAUUUGCCCUCCCAAUGAAAAAUGCGUCAGUGUCAGCUGAAUUUACACUGAACAACUCCAAAUUGAGAAAAGAUGAAGCCAUGUUUUGAGGAAGAUGCAAAACCUCACGGAACUCAGGAUCUGCGUUUGUUGUCACAAUCUUUGUUUGGCGUGGAUCAUCUUCGUUAGUCCAAGCUCUCAACUUGUAGUUGUAUUUUUGUUCACCACCGUCGCCAAUUCCUGAUGCUCCUACUACCAUUACGAAUAAGUCCAUUUUUUGUUGUUGUUUCUUUGAUUUUCUCUACACGUAAGACAUAUAUAAGGGUGUUAGAAUUUAUAGUGGGAGAGCUAAAAAAAGCUAAAUUACUUUCAUAAUAGUAUUGAAAAUAUAAGCUCUACUUAGUUUUUUUUAAAACCUCCAAUUAUUGAUGAUGUGAUUAGUUUGCUACUGUAUUUUGAGUAUUACUUAACC